UCCACUCCGCAGUGAUGUGGGGUGUGGUGUUUGAAUGACUGUGUGUGGCUGUGUGUUCGUGUGUGUGUCUGUGUGAGUGUGUGUGUUGCCUACAGAAAGGGGAGCUCCGUCUCUCCGCGCAGACCGAGAGCCGCAAAUCCACCUCGGAGCAUCAGUGAGCGGGGACAGGAGGAUGCGGGACAGCGGUGUGUAGCGGAUCUACCGGGGCUGUGAAACCAGGACGGUAUGAGUGUGAUAUCUGGAGUGAAGGUUUUUAUUGUCGGCGGUGUUGGAUUUUUUUAUUCACCGAGUGAAUCUGGACGUGGAUCCGCAAUGGAGCGUCGAUUCAGCGUGUGAGAGCUGCUGACCGUCUGUGCAUUUGUGAGCUGAUAUUACAGACAAUAAGGACAGGGAAUUAGCCAUUACAAAUCUUAUUAUUGGUGUUGGUAAUUAAAGGAGUAUGUGUUAUUGGGCACUGUAGCUGUUUUCUUUAUGAUAUGAUCCAGAAGCCAUACUGAAUUUGUUAUUAAUUAUAAAAAUCAAUGGUUACACAAUUCACAGUCAGACAGGAGGCUGAUUAAAGGCAUUAUACAGGUUGUCAGCCUUUUUUAAUUUAAAUUAUUUAAAUCAUUUUUGUUGCUGACAAGAAGAAACAAAAGCCAGUCAUGUCAAAAAACAAGAGCAGUGAGUCAGUGAAGGUGGUAGUUCGAUGCCGUCCCUUGAACCAGAAGGAUGAGUCCAACGGGCCUGCAGGGGGCAUCGUGCAGAUGGACCUGCGGCUCGGACAGGUGAUCCUCAGAAACCCUAGAGCACCUGCCAGCGAGCCCCAGAAAACAUUCACAUUCGAUGCUGUUUAUGAUGCAAACUCCAAACAGAGAGAUCUGUACGAUGAGAGUGUGCGGCCGCUGAUAGAUUCGGUUCUGGCAGGGUUUAAUGGCACCAUAUUUGCCUAUGGACAAACCGGAACUGGAAAGACGUACACCAUGCAGGGAGCGUGGUUGGACCCAGAGAGACGGGGUGUGAUCCCCAAUGCUUUCGACCACAUCUUCACACACAUCUCCCGAUCGCAGUCUGAUAAGCAGUAUCUGGUGCGGGCGUCCUACCUCGAGAUCUAUCUGGAGGACAUUCGGGAUCUUCUUGAUCCCAAUCACGGCAGCGCCAAGGCCCUGGAGCUCAGGGAGAGUCCAGAGUCUGGGGUGUAUGUGCGUGACCUCACGUCAUGUGUCUGCAAGAGUAUCAAGGAAAUCGAGGAGGUGAUGAACGUUGGCAACCAGGCGAGGGCGGUUGGGGCGACAGACAUGAACGAACACUCGUCCCGGUCGCACGCCCUGUUCCUGAUCACAGUGGAGUGUAGCCAGCCUGGUCCAGAUGGGCGGAAACAUAUCCGUGUCGGCCGCCUCAACCUGGUGGAUCUGGCCGGCAGCGAGCGCCAAGCCAAGACAGGUGUCCAGGGUGAGCGCCUGAAAGAAGCUGCCAAGAUCAACCUUUCCUUGUCAGCACUUGGAAACGUGAUCUCAGCACUGGCCGAUGGGCGCAGCGGCCAUGUGCCAUACCGGGACUCCAAGCUGACCCGUCUGUUGCAGGACUCUUUGGGCGGUAAUGCAAAGACUGUCAUGGUCGCCACUUUAGGCCCAGCCUCCCAACACUACGACGAGACCCUCACCACACUCCGCUAUGCCAACCGGGCCAAGAACAUCCAGAACCAGCCACGAGUCAACGAGGAUCCCAAGGAUGCUCUGCUGCGCGAGUUCCAGAUGGAGAUUGCACGCCUUAGGGCCCAGCUCCACUACAGGAAGUGGAGGAGCAAACAGAAGAAGGAGCAGGUGGACGGCGAGGGCUGGGAGAGAGACAGGGACGAGGAGACGGAGGGUGAGGAGGAUGAGGGGGCGGAGAAGGAGGCGGAGGACUAUGUGAAGCUGGAGGAGCAGCGGUUGGAGAGGGAGAAACAAGACAUCAGAGAAGAUCAAUUCCUGUUGGCGGAGGAGAAGCAGAGGCUCCUGGGGGAGAAGGAGAGGAUGAUGGGAGAUCUGAGGAAGGAGCAGGAAGCCACCGAGCAACUGACCGCCAAGUACAAGGCGAUGGAGAGCAAGCUUCUGGUUGGUGGAAAGAACAUCAUCGAUCACACCAACGAGCAGCAGAAGAUGCUGGAGAUGAAGAGGCAAGAGAUCGCUGAGCAGACGCGCAGGGAGAGGGAGAUACAGCAGCAGAUGUUGGUCCGAGACGAAGAGACCGUGGAGCUGAGAGAGACAUUCACUUCUCUGCAGCAGGAGGUGGAGGCCAAGACCAAGAAGCUCAAGAAGCUGUAUGCCAAGCUUCAGUGCAUCAAAGCGGAGAUCCAGGACGUGAACGACGAGCACGUGAGGAGCCGACAGGAGCUGGAACAAACUCAGAACGAGCUCACCAGAGAGCUCAAGUUCAAGUAUCUGAUCAUAGAGAACUUCAUCCCUCCAGAGGAGAAGAAUAAGAUCAUGAACAGACUGACCUUUGACCCCGAGGAGGAUCAGUGGAAGUUUCAGCCUCUUGUUCCAGCUGAAAGUAAAUCCUCACAGAUGAAGAAAAGGCCGGCAUCUGCAGUCGGAUACAAACGACCAAUCAGCCAGUACGCCAGGGUUGCCAUAGCGAUGGGACCUCACUCCAGAUACAGGGCUGAGAACAUCAUGUUCCUGGAGCUCGACAUGACCCCUCCAAACACCGCCUCACUGGAUCGAUCAGCGGAGUCGGAGCCGAACCAAAGUCACUCUGUGGACAACUCGCCCACCAAGGACAGAGGUGUCCGCAAGUCUCGAUCCUGGUGCCAGACCCCAAAAUCCAUCACCUCCUCUUCUUCUAAUGUUUCCCUGGCAGCGUGUCACACUGCCACACCCAUGACGGCGCAGUAAAGCUUUAGUCAAGAGGAGUUUUUUAAUUGUUAUUUAUUUUAUUCCUCUGCUUCCUCUUUGUUUUGUUUUUUCUCUUCCUGUUUUGGCCAGUGAUCCUCUGAAAGACUUCCGCAGCUGGGACACAAACACACACCUCCACCUGUGCUAAAUCCAGACAGGUGACAGACUACAUUAAAGAGAAACGAGGAGGUGAUGUUCAGGACAGGAAACUAAAUGACCUGAUGAACCUCAGAAACUCUGUAAAACACCACUUCCUCCUGUUCUGCGGAUGUAAAGACCCACCAGGACCCUUUCUUUCUUUGCAUGUUUGAACCUUGAAUCAUCCUUUUAAGGCUUUGUGUGUGUGUGUGUGUGUGUGUGUGUGUGUGUGUGUGUGUGUGUGUACAGGGCUGUAUGAUUGUCUGUUUGUGUGUCUAAUACAGAUCUGAAAGCUCACAAACUGCUUGAAUCCCCUGUAAGAUAUCAGUGUAAAUAUUUCAUGUAUUGGUGGGGGGGCGGGGCUUCAGGGGCAGGUUUGGUCUGUAUUCUGUGUAAAAGUGGAGACCGUCGGAUAAGAAAUGAACGAAGUCAGUAGAAAGUAUUGAUGUAACAUAUGAUGUGGUGUGUUGUUGGUCAGAUGAGGUGCUCUGAAACCUAAAUGAUGACCUUUAUUACACCUGUUGUCUCAUUAUUCCUCCACCGUGUCUGAUUUAAAAAGCAAAACUUUAAUUAUCUUAUUAAAAUGAAAAAACAAUGAGGCGUAUCACACUUCAAAAAAUUAUUUUACCGGAAUUUUAUAUUGGUAAACAUACAUGGGCAUUAAAAUCAGGAAUCGUGACACCACAGCUCUGUCAGAUCAGUGUCCAGUUGUUAAAUAAUGGUAAAAACAUUACUUAAAUGAGAGGAAAAACAUGAGUUUGACCAAAAAUAAAUCUUUUUCUGGAGCUGGGUGGAAAUUAGAUUAUGUCCAUCCAAUGCAGGACACUAUAAUGUUGUAAAAACCUCAGAGAUAAUGUAAUAAGUGUAAUAAGUAAUAUGUUUUUUUGGCCAAAUCAGGACUAAUUCUGUACCCUACAUUACCACGUAACUCACCAGUGCAACUCGACCAUGGCAUGACAGACUACAAAACACUUUGACAUAAAGGAUAUUUUUUUCUCUUGAAUGUGUGACCACUACCCAGAAUUUAAGAAGCAGUGGACUAAGUGGAAAAAAUUAGUCUCACUUUGUUUGAUGGUGUGCUGGCCCUCAGGACAUCUUGUCAUGCAUUUUCCAUUCAAAGAGGAAGUUCUCUUUGUGCCCUCAGAUUGAGACGGAGGACCAAACAAACCCUGGUCUCGCCUCUGAUUGGGAACCAGCUAAACAACUGUUGAAUCAGCGAACAUAAACACUUUGUCUUAAUGAUGAUGACACUUAUUUAAGUGUUUUACUUAAAAACUUAGUCACACACUCAAAGAUACCUGAAGUUUAAUUAAAGGCAUACUUCACCCACAAUUUGACCUUUUGUGUAUCAAUUACUCCGGUAAACGAAUAAUCCAAAAACAGCAAACUUUCUUGAUGAAUUGGAGUAAAGCAGGGUUUAUACUUGUGCAUCAGCUCUAUAUAGAGCCUACACCCUAGCCUAUGCACGUGGCCUACUCUGUUGUGAGCAUCUAAACUUGUGCUGUGGUGUAAUCCGGACACAUUUUCCCCACAAAUACAACACACUAAUGUUAUUAGCACUAGCCUAUGGCAUUUUACAUUGUAGAAACUAGCUUAGGGGCUAGAGGACUUUUCCUCUACUCAUAUGAAGCCAGGGACAACAGCAACAUUAAACAAAGGUAACGUUACAAAAUUCGGCUCCAUUACAACUCACAAGGUUCACUGGCAAAACAACUGUCUUAUGCUAAACAUGCUUUCCAAACAAAUACCACAUGCUUACGUUAUUAGCACAAUUCUAUGGCAUUUUACAUUCUAUAAAUUAGCCUAGCAGUGAUUUUCUCUACUCAUAUAAAGCCAGGAUAAAUCACACACAAGACUUAAAAUUCUAUUUUAGUGGAGGCCUUACUGUCUUCACAAUUUAUUGUUUCUUACCUGUGAUAAUAAAGUAAAUAAAAGCUUCAUUUCCACUGAGGGAAAUGGUGUCAGCUCACAGAAAAAGUCAGGAGGUCUGUGUCACUGACGUGUAGUUACAUUUCUGGGGAGGUGCACGUCAGGCUAUGGCGUAGGGUACUGAGUAUGCUCAACAUCAAUGCAGAGCCUCCACCGUAUGUGCGGCUUUGGUUUAAUGCAGAAGUAUAAGUCCCGCUAAAGACGGGACUACCUUUAACCACAGCAAAAUCAAAAACAUCCCUUUACAAACUCCGACACAACUCGUACAAUACAAUCCAAGUCUCAUUUAUCCAGUUGUGUUUUAAUAUAGUUUUGAAGCAGUUCUUCUCUGUUUAUGGGUUCCCCAUUCACCGUGGAGGCGUGCAAGAAAAACAAAUUUUCUAAAUGAAUUCAGCGUAAUACUCAGUGAGUAAUGGAUUUACAAAUUGUCAUUUUGUGGCUGAAGUAUUCCUUUAAUGAAAAAAAAAAAUGCUUCAAUCAUUCACUCACCUAAUAUUAGACUAAUACACGUGUGAUGAUGAUGAUGAAGACUAGAGCUUGAGCAUACAGUACAGUAAGUACUGAACAUACACAGUAAAACACACCUGCUUAAAGGUCGACUGUUGAAGUUGAAGUGUACCUCAGUGACUUGUUUAGACAGCAGCCUGCAGUCAGGUGUGUACAGUUUAGUGUCACUGGGUUCUUUUACUUGCUAGAGGUUAAGAGCAGCAGACAGUGGGGGUCAGGCUGACUAAUUAUCACUGUAUUAUUCAUGCCACAGAUCCAGUUGCAGCUGAACCCCCCUGAUAGAUGGAGGAGAGCGCAGAGCAGCCCAUUAUCAGUGUAUAAAACAACAUUUAUUACCAAUGUUCAGCAGAUCUGUUUUGUUUUAAACCAUUUUUUUACGUGACUUUUACUCCCAUUGUGUACAAAAUGUUUCAUGACCCAAACAUGAAGCAUAUCAUUGGUAAUUGUGGAAGUUAAUUGAGAUGUCAGUUCUGGAUUAUUUAAGGAAUGCAACAAUUUUGGAGACCAAAAUGACAUCUUCAAAUUGCUUUUUUUGUCCUCAAAACUGCAAAUCCUCAUAUUUGGGAAGAUAGAGCCAGAAAAUGUUUGACAUUUUGUUGUAAAGAAAAGGCUCUUUUUCACACUCAUUCUCAGCAAACACUGAAGCCUACUCAGAAAUAUAAACGCAAUGAGAGGGGAAAGGGUUAAAAUGUGGCACAAAUUACAGUCAGAUGCUGAAUUCAGUGAAUUUUAAAUCUGUGUUAACCCUCUUCCUUUCCCGUCUCAACCAUUUACAGAUGCACACUGACGAUUGUGUGUUUAGUCAUCGCUUUCUGGGUCCAUAAUUGACCUAGUUUGUUAUUUAAAAACAAAAGACUCAAAAUGCUCUGAGGCUUAAUGAAAUUAUGUCUAGUGAAGGUUAAAAUACAUUCAACUGUACCAUUAGUAAAUUAAAUUUGAUAUUCACCACAAAUAGAAACGAUAUUGUAUAUUUAUUUGGAAAUAAGAGCGUCAAUCAGGCCACAUUUCAUGGUGCUGUUAAUCAGAAAAAGACCUUAGAAUAUUAAUUAUUCAAGCAAAAUUUGAGAAAUGUAUGUCUACAAUGCCAUAAAGAGUUUUGUCUGCUGUAUUCUGAUAUUUUUCCCUGCGUAAUGCAGCGUUACACAUCUGUACUGCCUCAAACUAUCAAUGAAUUAUGAUCUAAAAUGGUAGGGCAGACAGUGAUGCAAGGACGAACCUGAUUUGGUUAAAUUACUUAGAAUAACAGCCUCUAAACGUUGCUCAUUUAUUCACAUUUUGUCAUAUUAGUCAGUAAAGUCAUCCAUGUACUCUCUCAUUUGUGUGUAAAAUACUGUAUAAAUGUGUGUGCGUGAGGGCUGUGGGGGCGGGGGAGGGAGAGGGGAGAAUGCCGAUGGGAGAGGAGGGGGGAUGGAUGGAUGGAUGCAGGGAUCCAAAGACAAUCAGGAAGUGACUGUGGAGGAGGUGGAUACUGAGCCUGUUUCCAUGGUAACCUGCCAGUGAAGUGUGUUGGGAUGGGGGAUGGAGGGGGAAGUUGUGUAUCUAUAUGUAUAUGGAGCAAGGUGGGCCAUUCGAGCUGAGCUCAUGUCUGGCUGACAACAACAAAAAAAAAAUCAAAUAAAGACGCUGUGACAGGUGCCUGCUGGUCGAUCAGUCAUGUUUAAAUGCCUCUGAUCAAUAGUUAGAUAUUUGUUUCAGGUUAUUGUGUGUGUGAGAGAUCACCCUCAAGAGCAAUAAUGUUUAAUUUGAUUUCAUUUCAUUAAGAUCCCUGUGAGUUUCAUUAGAGCUGCUCUUCCUGUGGCCCACAUUUCAUGCAACAUUUAUGAUACCAUCCAAAAUCUCAUUACAGCAACUCCACACACACCAGCUAACAGUCACACACACAAACAAUACAUGCUGCAAAAAUAUAUAUAAUACACCAACUUGCUCUAAAACAUAGCAUUUUACAGUCAGUGGGAAGUUAUGGAUUACAGAUUAACUCAUGUUAUGACAUGGUGGAAUACCAUACAACAAUUCAAUGAAAUUAGCUACUUACCGAUCCAAAACAACAAAUAAUUUAUGAGAAUUCUUUAUCAUCAAGACCCUAUAUAUACAGUCUAUGCAAACAAAUUGAUAUAGCACAAUAUAACAGCAACUCAAAAGAGAAAGGAACUAUAGAGUUUGUAUGAUCUAACCAAUUAGCACCUCACAAAUGAUGUAAAAAGUAAAAAAAAAAAGUAAAGUUGCAUUGGUUAGUUAUAGGUUUAGUCAGCUGACGAUAUGUCACAUUGCCUGAGCUGCAAACACAUGACAGCUUGACAAAUCAUUUGACAGUUGUCACUCAUCCCAAUGAUGGAUGACAGCACAUUCAAGUAACUGAUGACCAGUCGAAUAGUAAUGAUAGGAAUAUUAAUUGUUUAAGUGAACAAUUGUGAAUAUCACAAACAACAAUAGGACAUAACUAUGAAAAUGAACGACAGAGAACUGCAGAUGUGAUUUCACUGUCGCAAAUAUUAGAAUCUACAACCUGUGCAGUUAUAUCUUUAAAGUCAAACUACAUACAUUGCAAAGUAACGGCAGCAGAGUUCUGCGGGUUGAUCUCAGUAAGUGGUGUUUGUUUUAUCUCCAAGGCAAUGGAUAAAAACAGAGAGUCAAAGUUCAGGACGUCAUGUAAUGAGACAGUAGAACGUCCCUAUUGUGUGCAUACUGCAUUCAACAGUAUGUACUUUUUAAC